AUGCCUGGUGUAGUUGAGAACAUCGACAGCCUCGUAGAAGACUCCAUCACUCAGAACUGUGUUGUAUUCCGCGCCCCAGGCCUGAAAGUUGUCGCCGCUCCUUGGAACUACUCAUUCGUCAAAAAGGUCAGCCGCAUCACACAAGGCACGGGCCGUCCCUACGAUGCUUCCGAUGCUGUGGCCUAUCUCUAUCAGUUCAUCACGACGAGAAACUCGGACCGGCCGGUUGCCUUCCAAACAAUUCAGCAAUGGGGACACUGGCACAAAGCGCUCUGUCCUGUUGAGGUGCUACUGGAUAUUAACGACCUUUUCCGGCGGACUUAUGCGAGAGAUGGGAUUACUUUCCGAGACAGCAUGGAAGAUAGGAUGCCGCAAGCGAGCGUCCUCACACAAUUGGCGGCACAAGAAUGCAGGGUGUCUGGGAUCUCCUUAGCGCGAUCCAAUCCGUGCCAGUUUCAAUUCAUAUCAAGUACUUUCUUCGGUCUUGUCCAAGUCCGUCAAAGCAAGGGCGGUCAUAGACAGGCCCGGUAUCCAAAGGUGCUUGCUUCGGUGCCUCGUUAUUGGGGUUGCAAAAAUGCCACUGUAAAAGCCAAGUGA